GGAGUGGUAGAAGAAGAAGAAGAAGAGGAGGAGGAGGAGAAUUUGUUUUUGCCAGCAUGGCGUUUACUCUCUACACUCUCAUCCAGACCGCUAUUCUAUGCACUAAUGCCAUCGCUGUGCUGCAUGAGGAGAGGUUUCUCAGCAAGAUCGGCUGGGGCGUUGAGCAGGGAGUUGGAGGUUUUGGGGAUGAUCCAGGAGUCAAAGCCCAGAUCCUCAACCUCAUCCGCUCAGUCCGGACUGUCAUGAGAGUGCCUUUAAUUAUAGUGAAUUCAGGCUGCAUCGUCCUAUUGCUGCUGUUUGGUUAAUUCUGUGCCUGAGGACCAGACAUGAGCCAAGGAACAACUACACACACACGGAAACACACGGGACACUUACCUUUUCCAGAGGGUUCGCCACUAUGUUUGGCAGAGGAAUCCAGAAAAGAGGCAAACAACAAAAAACAAUAUUCAGAACUGAAACAUUUAAGACUUUAGUGGCUACAAAGUCAUAAAAAAUGGCUUGUGUUGGCCCCGAAAACCUCCGUGACAACAAAAGGUCAAAACAUCAAAAUAAUACGCAGUGCUUGUCUUCAACCUUUUUAUCAUCAGACGCAUUGAAGGGGAAUCAGUUUCAUUGAUUUCAUGAUGAUUUGUGUCAUGUUUUAUUUUAGUCUUGCAAGUGAGAGAUUGUUACUUUUUUAUAAAUGGUAUAAAAUGGUCUCAUCAGCAGAGAAGCUGGACUCUUUUUUUUUUACUUCCUGUAAGAGUUCAGAUUAAUGCAGUCUUCUGUACCUAAAUGUAGAGCAUUUUAUAAUAUGUCUUUCUGUCAUACAUAGAUUUUAAAACUGGACUUUGUUGACAUCAGCAAAGACAGAGGUAGGUGGUCAGGAUUUGUCAAAAAAAACACUUGAUCUGAAUCUGAAGUUUAAUUUUAAGUUUCCCUCACUGGAGUGUAAAUAAGUUAUGUUUUAUUUUUUUUCUCCUGUUAGCAUUUGUUCCAACUUAAUGUAAAACUAGGCAAUAUGGCCGAACACAACUCAAAACCCUGUAUGUUUACACUCAUGUUUACACAUCAACACCUUCUCAAAGCCACAAAUCUCACUGGCUUUUAAAUAAUAAAAAAACAAGUGUUAUUUAGA